AUGGGCGUCAUCACUGCUCAGGAUGACACCAGUAGCAGUGGCGGCGGCGGCAGCAGCGAGAGUGGGAAGCAGAUUGGGGAGCAACAGGCGGACACUGAAUCAGAAGCCACGAGCGAGGGAGUAGCAGAAGGAGUAGGAGGGAUGGGAGUCUUUUGCUCUACAGCUCGAGGCAGAGGAGGAUGUUGUUCCCUCAUUGUGGCUCUUCUCUUCAUGGAGGCACACAAGAAGGCCCUUCAGGUCCCUGGCCGCGCUCUCUCUGCCAUCAUCACCCAUCUCAAGUCCUCUCUCUCUCCCGCAGACUUCUCCUCUCUCUCCACCUUGCACUUUGCUGUUGUCGCGCCCAUUGGCAAAAGCACAGCAGGGGAGAGAGGGCAGGCGGGGGAGGGGGAAGGGGGGGAGGGAGUGGAGGAGAGGGUGCAUAUGGAAGCGCUGCUGAAGGGGCCGAACGAGGUAGCUCUGGGGAAAGCCAAUGUGGGUACAGUAAGGGCGAUGAUGGUGAUGAGUGAUAUGUGCGUCGUUGUGACAGACUAA